AUGAUUUGCAAAUAAUUGUAUUUCAUUGUCAGGACUCUUAAAAGGCUCUCAAAUGAAAAUAACCUUUUGUAUUCGUCUUAUAAGCUCACAAGAAGCUUGUAUCGGAGUUCUUAUAUCCUAGAUUUUAGAUGCAGGCCGAUAUACCGUAUUUUCCGGACCAUAGGGCGCACCGGAUUAUAAGGUGCACUGCCGAUGAAUGUUUUUUUUUCAUAUGUAAGGCGCACCAGAUUAUAAGGCGCAUUAAAGGAGUUAUAUUGUUGUUAUUUUUCUAAUUUAAAACACUUCCUUGUGGUCUACAUAGCAUGUAAUGGUGGUACUUUGGUCAAAAUGUUGCAUAGAUGAUGUUUUACACAUCAUCUUCAAGUCGCUUUCUGACAGUCGCUUCCGGAUGCGCCGUUUUGUGGGCGGUCUUAUUAAAGUGCCUCACCUUCGGCAGCGUCUUCUCCCCGUCAUCUUUGUUGUAGCGGUGUAGCGUGCAAGGACGGGAGUGGAAGAAGUGUCAAAAGAUGGAGCUAACUGUUUUAAUGACAUUCAGACUUCAAUCAAUUAAUAACGGAGCAGCAUCUCCUCAUCCGGAAACAACAACACCGGAAAUGUGUCCCGUGAAAAAACGUCCGACCGGAACUCUCUAAUAACUAAAGUUGGGUGAAUAAUGUUGUGGAGGGGGCCGUGGCCUGCGGGCCUGUCGUGGAACGGGGUGUGCAAGGACCGGCCUCGAAGACAGCGACAGGUGAGUAGAUUGCCCGGCUGUGCCUUGUUGUCUAAUCACCUGUCGCCUUUAUUAGCAGCAGCCGGUACGAGACGAGUAGUUGGAGUUGGAGUGGGAGCCAGAGAGAGAGAGAAAGACACGGACUCAGAAAAAUACAUUUUGCUAGAAAGAAAAAGCUUUGCACUAUUUAUGAAAAUAAAAGUGUUGUACCCUGAAAUCUAGGAUCUCGUGGCAGUGUGUGGUGGUCAGAGAAACCCACUAGAGGGCAACCUCUACAAUUUGGCGCCCAACAAACCGGACCACCAGAGGAGAUGGAAGCCGACCCCCUGGCAGCAUUGACGAACAUUCUUGCGGAGGUGACAGCCGCCAGCCAUCGACAGCUGGAGGCGGUCCGCCAACAAGUGGCCCAGCAGAACCAAAUCUUGCAGGCGCUGGCGGACCGGGUGGGAGCGGCACCACCGACAUCAGCGGCCGUCUCCAUGCAGCACAUGGGGAAAAAUUAGGACCUCAUGCCUUCAUAGACAUUUUUGUGGUCACGGCGGAGGCAUGCGCGUGGCCGGAAGAGGAGUGGGGAGUGCGACUCUUGCCGCUACUGGCGGGUGAGGUUCAGAGAGCAGCGCUUAGCCUACCGACGGCCUCCCGCGUGUGCUUCCCGGACCUGAGGCGGGCGGCGCUGGACCGGACCGGCUGCACCGCCGAGGACCACCGACGCCGGUUCUGGACAAUGCGCCUGAAGCCGGAGGACCGCCCGUUCGUGUUGGGGCAGCAGCUCCGGGAUGCGGCGACGCGCUGGCUACAGCCGGGCGAGGCCGACAUCCAGGUGAUGGAUCAGCUGGUCCUGGAGCAGUUCCUGGAGGCCAUCCCGGCGCGGACAUCGGCCUGGGUGCGGUACCACCGGCCACGAGACCUGGCCGCUGCAGUGACGUUGGUGGAGGACCACCUGGCGGUGCAGCGCGAGGCACGGAGGGAGGAGAGGCACCGGCACCUCGCAGGAAGAGCGCACAGCGAUAGGACGCGGCGCCGCCGGUCCUGCGGCUGCGCACAACUGACUCUUUUUCUUGUGCUGCCUUGCAGGUCCCGGCUGCUGCGGAUACAGUGCUUCCCACGCAGACGGCCCCUCAAACGCCUGGGCAGGCGUGCUGGAGGCAUGAGCAGCCCGGUCACGUGCGUCAGGGACCUCCACCCGUGUAGGCUGACGCGUCGGGCAGAGGGCUGGGAGCUGUUUUGUCCCAGCAGUUGGGGGGCGUCGACCGCCCCAUUCUGUACAUCAGCCGGAAGCUCUCCGAUCGGGAGGCGAGGUACAGCACCAUGUAGAGGGAGUGCCUCGCCAUCCGGUGGGCGGUCGGUGCCCUCCGGUACUACCUCCUGGGGCACUCAUUCAGCCUCUGCUCGGACCACAAACCCCUCCAAUGGCUCCACCGCAUGAAGGAUGCCAACGCACGGAUCACCCGUUGAUUACCAACACGAUCAUGUUAUUACUGCUUCAACAUUUGUUCAACUUCUCGACUGACUCACUUCCGCACUUGGGGAUCACUCCAGCAGCACUGAGAGCGGACUCAGCCAAACUACCUCUAGGGGCCAUUGUACGAUACCAGCGUUGUGCAUGACGUCACGCCCAGAUGCCGACUCACUUCCGCACUUGGGGAUCACUCCAGCAGCACUGAGAGCGGACUCUACAAAACUACCUCUGGAUGGCUGGAGCGCUUGAAGGCUUUGCCGCACUGCUGGCAAACGUGCGGCUUCUUCUGCGAGUGCGUGAUGCGAUGGCGCUCCAGGUCGGAGAGGUAAAAGAAGACCCUCGGGCACAGCUGGCAGUACAGCACCCGGCGGGCAGACGGGUCACCGGGCGACUCGGCGGCGGAGAUGGGGUCCAGUGGGUCCAGGGGAUCCAGGGGCUCCAGUUUGGGCGGCGACGGGGGAGCGGCGGCGCUGGAAAAGUAAAGGUGGUCGUC